CGGGGCCUCGGGGCUGAGCUCGCGCGGCCCGGAGCGCUGGUCCCGCCGAGUGGGCGGCGAUGAGCGCCGAGGGACCCUUCCCGCCGGCUGCCCCCCGCGGGCACCCCGGCCGCCUGCUAGUGCCCGCGAGGACUAAAACCGGGACUGCCUUGUUGCACGACCAAGGGUCUGGACACGCCUAUGACAUUCGCCUGAAGCUAACGAAAGAGGUACUGACAAUUCAAAAACAAGAUGUCAUCUGUGUUAGUGGCAGCAAUCACAGUGCAAAUCACAGAACUGUUACGCUUCGCAGACAGCCCGUGGGCGGCUUGGGCCUGAGCAUAAAGGGCGGCGUGGAACACGGAGUACCGGUCGUCAUAUCAAAGAUACUCAGAGACCGCGCAGCCCACCAGACAGGGAUGUUAUUCGUAGGGGACGCCCUCCUCCAGGUUAAUGGCAUUAAUGUGGAAAACGCAACCCACGAAGAAGUGGUGCAUCUUUUGAGAAAUGCUGGCGAUGAAGUGACCGUCACUGUCGAGUAUCUCAGGGAAGCGCCAUCAUUUCUGAAGCUCCCAUUAGGGUCCCCAGGACCGUCUAGCGAGCCCGGCAGCGGGACCUCCUCGCCCCUCUUUGACAGCGGUUUGCAUCUGAACGGAAACUCCAGCAACACAGCUCCGUCCUCGCCUUCUUCGCCGGUCGCUAAUGAACCAAAAUAUGAGAAGCGCUGGCUGGACGCCGUGUCACUCCCUCUUUCCAUGGCUCGGGUCUCACGGUGCAGAGCUGGAGCAGAAAAAGUAAGGUGCAGUGCACUUGAGGUGCAGGCCCUGGAUGGGGCGAGCUCGGGAAUCCUUUGGUUUUACACCGCCCAGGAGAGCGCCGACUGGCUGAGGGCUGUGUCUGCCAACAUCAGCGACCUGACGCUGCAAAAUAUGAAAAUGGCAAAUAAAUGCUGUUCUCCUUGUGACCAGGUCAUCCACGUGGGGUGGGUCCGCGAGAGACUGGGAGGGGCCGGCCCCUCUCAAACCUUCAGAUCCAAGUUCCUGGCCCUGAAGGGCUCGUCCUUCUACGUCUUCACCUCUCCUCCGGUGAGCACAUUAGACUGGGUCCGAGCGGAAAAAACCUAUAACCUCUGUGAGGUACUAUUUAAAGUUCACAAGUUCUGGCUUCCGGAUGAGUGCUGGGCCCAAGCCAGCCUCUGUCUGGGUCUCCAGGACCCCAGCUGCGGGGACCACAGGCCCUUCUGCUUCAGCGUCCUCGUGGGCCACGGCAGGAGCCACGUGUUCAGCGUGGAGCUGGGGAGUGAGCUCGCAGCGUGGGAGCUGUCCUUCCAGAGGGCCACCUUCCUGGACGUGCAGAGGACGGGGUCCAAAACGUACAUGUGCAGUUGGCAAGGAGACACCCUGUGCUUCACGGUGGAUUUCGCUCUGGGAUUCACCUGCUUUGACAGCAAAACAAAGAAUGUGCUCUGGAGAUUUAAAUUCUCUCAGCUGAAAGGAUCUUCAGAUGAUGGGAAAGCUCGGGUGAAGCUGCUGUUUCAGAAUCUGGACACCAAGCAGAUUGAGAAGAAGGAGGAACAGAGGCGGGUGUUCUUCACUCUGUGAUGAUCCGGGAGGAUAAACUCCACUGGAAACUAUUCCUUGGCGCCGUGAGUCGCGCAGACGGUCAGACGUGGACGGCGGGGGCUGAGCAGGGGUACAUCACGCCGCUGCCGGCUUCAGGGAGUAACCGUGGCGGCGUCGGAUUGUGGAGAGAUGGUGGAGGGAGACAAGGCCAGGUUCCUCCUGAAGAUGGAGUGAAGCGGGGCCUCUACAGAACAGGGGACACGCGAGUGCGGCCUCUUCCAAAUAUGGGUCUGAAAUUGUCCUUAAUCUGUUUUCCCGGAAGCUCAACGGAACAGAGCUUUCCUUUCUUUGCGCUUCUUUUCCCUUCCUCCCUCCCUUUCUUCCCUUCUUCCUUCCUCCCGGGUCCCCUGCACGGUCGGUCAGUAAGGUGCCCCUCCUCCGUGUGGGGACAGGGAAGGUGCACCAGCCGCGUCCCGCCUGCAUCCAGGUUGGAGCCCAGCAUCACCGGCCGCCUUGCCGUUUCUCACCUGCUGGCCUUUGACUCUGCUUCUCAGCUUUCUUCCCGGACAUUGUGCUUCCCGUAGACAUGUGCUUGGAAAACAUCUGUCAACGGUUUGCCGUGUCCCAGGGUCUCUGUGCAAGGGUCGUCUUGGUUACGACACCUGCCUGGGGACCUGCCCCUCCCUCCGAGCCUUCCUGGGCUGUCGGGCCUUCACCGCGGCCCAGUGGGUGGGGGGAUCUUUUAUCGCACCCGGUACGUUACAAGCCGCCGCUGUGCUCGGUCCUUCAUAAGCACGACUGCCUCAUCCCCACGAGCAGCCCGGGAGAGAAGCGCUGGCAUCACAAUAUAUGUUUAAUAUGGCACAAAACAGAUUGUUCAAGUCGGCGUAAAGUGUACGUUAAUUCACGUACAAGCCAGAGCGACUUCCCCAGACCUCAACAUGUGAACGUUUCUUCCAUGAGCAAACGCUGCCGCUCAGAGGCCCCGGCACAGCACUGGCUGGGCCGCAGAGUCCACAAGUGGGAGACCAUAUCUGACCCCCUCAGUGGGCCUGUCUCCACACUCAGUGGCUGAGCCCCGAUCUGAGUUCCCUGUAAAAUAACACAUGGGAAAUUGUGUUCAGUGCAUGGUUAUCCCUGCUAAUUGUCACGUUCAAUUAUACUCGUUGGGGGCAUUUUCUAAGGGAAAUUACAACGCGUAUUCACUUAUUCUAGAGACUCGUUCAUUUAUUUAACCAUCAUCUCUUUCAAGUAUAGCUUUGAUCAGCUUCCAUGUUGAAUUCUUUGGGAAGGACAGUGGUUAAGGCUCCCUUUGAAAUACGGUCUGUGUCUGAAUUGCUACAGCUGAGUGGAAACUGGUCUCUUAAGCGGUUACAGACUUUAAAAUUUCCCCCUCGUGCACUGGGCCAUUAGAUGACAGUUAGGGAAAACUAAAAGCCCAGGAUGGCUACCGCUCCUCGGAAGGGCUGUCUCUCAUCUCACGGACAGUUUUUGACGCAUGUCUGCAGUUUGCGCAGCAAGAUGGAAGGAGGGGUAGUGCCAUAAGGAAAUGUGGUUUCUGCGCGGGGAGGUGUAUUGAGGGCA